GAAAGCUUAAAAAAAUGCCAAAUGUUGACAGCGUGAAAGUGGCAGUUCGAGUGAGACCUUUCAGUCAGAGAGAGAAAGAUGCAGGAAGUAGGUGUGUGAUUUCUAUGAACUCCAACAGCACAAGCAUAUACGAUCCUAGGAAUCCAGGGCACAUGAAAACCUUUACAUUUGAUCUGGCAUACUGGUCUCACAGUGGCUUUCUAAAGGAUGAGAAUGGCACGUUCAUCUCAGCAGGAUCCAACAGUUACGCUGGCCAAAGAGAGGUAUUUCGUGAUCUUGGUCAAGGAGUGCUGGAUAGCGCAUGGCAAGGUUAUAAUGCUACUCUCCUAGCGUACGGUCAGACCGGCUCGGGGAAGAGCUAUUCCAUGAUUGGGUACGGUGCAAACAGAGGACUGGUUCCCAGUGUGUGCGAGGAGCUCUUCAAAGCAAUCCAGAGUCAGGAAAAGAACAAACAGUACCAGAUUACUUUCAGUAUGCUGGAAAUCUAUAAUGAACAGGUAACAGACUUAUUGUCUAAGACCAAGAAGCCUGGUGGGCUCAAGAUUAGAGAAGAUCAGCACCAAGGUUUUUAUGUGGACGGUUUGAAGUCAGUGCCUUGUGAUAAUUAUGCACAGAUUGAGAGGUUAAUGGAUCAAGGGAACAAGAUGAGAACGACAGCUACAACCACCAUGAACGCCAGCAGCAGUCGAUCCCACAUGGUCGUCACAAUCCAAUUCAAACAGAUUUUUCUAGAUGAAGCAAUCACUAAACAAUCAGUUAUAAAUCUGGUGGACUUGGCAGGAAGUGAAAGGCAAAAAUCAUCAGGAUCUGAAAAAGAUAGAUUGAAGGAAGGAACACGUGUAAAUCUAAGCCUAACCACGCUAGGAAAUGUCAUCAGUGCUCUGGCUGAGGCAGCUACAGGAAAGAAAGUGCUGCAUAUCCCAUACAGGGACUCUGUGCUGACUAAGCUCCUGCAAUCUGCUCUGGGGGGGAACAGCAGGACAAUCAUGAUUGCAGCCGUCAGUCCAGCAGACAUCUGCUAUGAAGAAACUUUGUCAACGUUACGGUACGCUGAAAGGACAAAAAAGAUCAGGAACAAAGCAGUGGUAAAUGCAAGUCCUGCUGAGAAGCUUAUAAGAGAACUGAAAGCUGAAAAUAACAGACCAUUGUCCAGACUGGCUGGGCUCGGGAGCACAGGGAGAUCAAUAGCUGAUGAAACACCAGAGCUGCGACUGCUGGCCGAGAGCGAGGGCCGGAUGCGGAGCACGCAGGCGGCGUGGGAGGCUCGACUGGAGGAAGCCCGGCAGGAGUGGGAGCAGCAGUACACUGCCGUCACCCAGGAGAGGCGGAUGAUGGAAACGUUCCCUUAUCUCCUCAAUAUCAAUGAAGAUCCUCAGCUUUCAUGGGUUCUCAAGCAUUUCAUUCAGGAUGGUACUUGUGAUGUUGGUCAAUCAACCUCAAAUGCUAUAAUCCUAAGAGGUCUGGGCAUUUUGGACAAACAUGCUACGUUUACGAAUGCUGAUGGCAAAGUUACCCUAGCACCACGAGAUAUGUGCAAGGUCGUUGUGAAUGGUGUGCCUAUCACAGGGAAAACAAAGCUGCAGCACUUGGAUCGUGUUAUUUUGGGAUCAAACAGCGCUUACCUGUAUGUUGGGCCACCUGCAGAACGAACAGAGGAGGACCUGAGCAGAUACGACUAUGACUUCUUUCAGUCCGAGUUGGCAGCAGCAGAAGGUUUCAGUGUGGAUAAACUUGGUGCUGUGGGCAGCGGGGAGGGCAGAGCAGACCCCAGCGUCCUGGUGGCGUUCCACGAUUACAUCAAGCUGAUGCCGCUGGUGGCGGAGGCAAAUCAGAUGAGCCAGGAGCUGAAGAAGGACCUCAAAUUUGAACUGAAGGUGAAAAACCUAGCCUUAUCAGACUCCAGAGGCCAUGACCUACAAAAGGAAAUAACAGUAAAAGUGACACAUGCAACGACAAAUCAGGUGUGGGUAUGGUCAAAGGCCAAGUUCAUUAAUAGGAAGUUCCUAAUGGAGGAACUUUACCAGCGUUUUCUGGAAGGGGAGAACACGGACGUGAACCAGGACAGUGAUCCAUUCUGGGACCCAGUGGAGGUUGUCCAUGUGGGAUCCGCUCACGUUUGGCUGCAGGCACUGGCGUACCGCAUGAGGCUGGAGGAGCAGACCGAGCUGCUGAACUCUGAAGGGCUGGAGGAAGCUGUCGUGCUGAUCAACCUCUCUCCGUGCUCCAGCGAUGGGAGACUCUUUGGGGAGGACGAUAUGGUCAUUGAUCCGCUGGAGCUGCUGGGGAGGAGGGUUGAUUUCCAGAUUCACAUUGCAGAGUGCCUUGGAGUCAAAUGGUUGCGGGAUGCUGUGGGAAGAGGCAUUCAGAUCGGGUAUAGAGUUUAUGAUCUUCCACGGUCUUUAUACACAAAACCUGUCUGGAAAAGUGUGAAUCCAAAGAUAGAAGAAACAGUCCAUUUCUCAGCUCUAAAUGCGUCCUAUGAAUUUUUGAAUUAUUUACAGAAAAAUGCUUUAAUUGUUGAUCUGUGGGGACUUCAAGAAGGUUGCGUGGAGAUGGACUACUCCCUCGAUGGUCUUCUGCUCACAAGUGAGGGCACUGUUGUGGUUGAUAAUCCUAAAGGUUUGACGGCAAGCAGUGCUGGUCUGGAUGCAGGUAACGAGGUGCCUGAACUGUACCGGAAGCUGCUGCAGAUGGAACAAGAGACAGAACUGCUGAGAGAGGUCAACAGAGCUUUAAGAGAAGAAAACAUCCUUCUUAAAGACAAACUAAAAAAAUUGGACACAGGACACCACGAAAAGAAGAAAUCUGAGUCACCUACCAAGGCAAUUAAGACGAUGAAACAGCCUUUGGGAGAAAAUGAAGAGAUGUACAGCCAUCGGACCAGCUGCGAUGCAGAAUUUGCCAAGGCUCUUAAGAUCUUCUAUCAAAACAUGAAUGGAGUCAGACAGCAAUUCCUUCAGCUGAAGCACUCCAGGCCACCGGUAGGUAAAACUUUUACAAUUUUUUAUGAAUUUUUUUACAAGUAUAAGCAUCAGAGGCCACUCUUCUGAGAUUCUAAGGAAUU